AUGGGCAAAAAAACGAAAAAUUCUUCGGCCGCCAAGUCACAAUGGAUGAAGCUAGAGGAGGAUUUCAGUGCAGAGCAACUUAUUUCAAAAGAUGACAUUAUUUUUGGAGAAAUCAAUGCGACUGAUCUGGGAAAGCAAAUCAUACAUCCGUUAUUGAAAAGUGGACAAAACUUUGGAGAUGUGUUGAGAAAAUUGAUAUCAUGGAAAAACUAUAUUCGAGGACGUUCUGAUAGUUUGUUCGAAGAAUUCAAUAUCAUAUUACAAUCGCAAUUUGAAAGCCUUCGUGUAACGCUGAUGGAGCCCUUCAAUGAAUCCUUAUGGCAAGAAUUGGAAACGAUUGAAACUGACUUAAAUAAGGUACCGAUUCAAAUAAAUGGAGUUCCAACUUCUACCAUUUCAAUCAUAUCGUCUCUAGAACUUUUAAUGAAAGAUCUUGAAGUGAAUGUUAAGAACGCAGAAAUAUUCCCUUUCGAUGAUGAUUCCUUUGGUCUUCCACCCGUGAAUUGUAAAAAGAUUUGGAAUCCACUCAUAUGGAUGCGAAUUGAAAUGGAAAAGAAAAUCAAGGAUAAUGGACAAUACGAUGUGCCAACUAUCAACCAGCUCGUAACAUCCUUAAAUCUUGCUCCCAAAGUAGGAAAUUUCGAGAAGCUUGCGGUGACUUCUUUCUUCCUGGAGAAAACCGCGGACAACCUAGACUAUUCGAACAGUGGGGAUAAACAAAGGUUCAUGCAGGAUCUAAAGGCGAUGUUCGGAGCGACAACAGUUGAUGAACUGACAAUGGUACUACCGGACAUUCUGAUGGCGUAUAGUGAGGAGCUUAUGGAAAGGGUUAUGCAAGUGUCCUAUUUCAUUCCUUUCGAACUACUACGUCUCAUGUUCACUUGUUGGCAGCCUAAAGUUUUGAAACUUCGCUUACGCUCGGAAGCAUGUUCUUCUAUCGAUGACGCUGCUAGAAUAGAAUGGGACGAUGAAGAUGUUUUCACUUCCACCACUCUUUUCAAUUGCCCACUUUUCGAUCGGUGCGAACCAGUAUGUCUCGGAGAAGAGCCCGUAAUAAAGGAUUGUAAGCUGAUCGCGGACGCAACGGGAAGUAGACUCUUUGAUCCGAUUCACAACGAAAAGAACUUUGACACGGCUGGCAGAGAUUUUCUGGUAUUGUUUCCGAUGCAUACGAUUCUCAUUAAACGGACAGUGAAUCUCAAGAUAGGAUCUUCUGUGAAGACCCAACUUAAACAACAAAUCGAGCACAUCGUCAACAUGUUUUUCUGCAACGCCGAGGAACAUAAAAACCGUGUCAUUAAUUUCGAGUUGGUAUUUGAGAAUGCUGGAGAAGUUCAGAUGAGUGUUGUUAGAAAAAACAUCCCACAAACGGCGAAUAAGAGGAAAAUCGGUGUGAAUUACAAUGUUGAACAAGAAACUAAAGAUUUAUUCGAAACAUUUGGUAGUAAACGAGAAGGGAAACGUUUGUAUGUAAGCUUUUUUGAUUCUGAGAAUCAGGUUAUCAUAGAUUCAAAAAUAGUCCUGUUGUCCUAA